GUGCAUGAGUUACAUCUCUCCCGCCUUCAGAGGGUUAAGUUCUGCCUCCUGGGGGCACUGUUGGCCCCCAUCCGAGUGCUUCUGGCCUUUAUCGUCCUCUUUCUCCUCUGGCCCUUUGCCUGGCUGCAAGUAGUGGGUCUUACGGAGAAGCAGCUUCAAGAGCCAAUUACAGGAUGGAGGAAGACUGUGUGCCACAACGGGGUGCUGGGCCUCAGCCGCCUGCUCUUUUUCCUGCUGGGCUUCCUUCGAAUUCGCGUUCGGGGCCAGCGGGCCUCUCGCCUUCAAGCCCCUGUCCUUGUUGCCGCUCCCCACUCUACUUUCUUUGACCCCAUCGUUCUGCUGCCCUGUGACCUGCCCAAGGUCGUGUCCCGAGCUGAGAACCUUUCCGUGCCUGUCAUUGGAGCCCUUCUUCGCUUCAACCAAGCCAUCCUAGUAUCCCGGCAUGACCCGGCUUCCCGUCGCAGAGUGGUGGAGGAGGUCCGAAGGCGGGCUACCUCAGGAGGCAAGUGGCCCCAGGUACUAUUCUUUCCUGAGGGCACCUGUUCCAACAAGAAGGCUUUACUUAAAUUCAAACCAGGAGCCUUCAUCGCCGGGGUUCCUGUGCAACCUGUCCUCAUCCGAUACCCCAACAGUCUGGUAAGUCUGAGUCCAAGAGAGAAGACAGGGGAGCCCAAAUCCACCCUAAAUCAGUGAAAACUUUUAGUGUCAUGGGGUGUGCAU